CUACUUGUCUGUGUCAAGAUAGACAAAGUCAUGACCUGUUAAGUGAAGAAGUUCAUUACAUUAAUUAACUACACUAGUUUCAUAAUUAACGACCAAUUAUACGUAUUUACGUACGUCUUUGAACCAUAUUCUAGCUUUCCUGGGGCCUACCCCCCUCGUGUGCACCCAAAAAAAUAAAAAAUAGCUUCCCUAACCUCAACUAUAUAACGGGAUCACAACUUGAAUUUGAAUUAUAUAUCGAGUGUAUUAUACAAAUUUCAUAAGAAAAAAAAAUGAUGGAAGCUCGUCAUUUUCUUGCUUGCCUUAUUUUCUUUGCCAUGUCUUCCUAUAUGGCCUACGCAACGGAUCCUACACAAUUACAAGAUUUCUGUGUUGCGGUUAAUAAUCCAUACAAAGAACCGUUUGUGAAUGGAUUAUUCUGUAAGAAUCUAAUGGAUGCCACACCCGAGGAUUUCUUUUUGGAAGGGCUAGACAAGCCAGGAAACACUAACAACAUGUUAGGUUUCAGUUUUACACCAGCCUCCGUGUUACAACUUCCAGGGCUCCACACCCUCGGCAUAACUUUGGUUAGGUUUGACUACGCGCCCUAUGGCCUAAACCCCCCUCACACUAAUCCUCGUGCAAGUGAAAUCCUUACCGUUUUGGAAGGAACCCUCUACGUUGGUUUCGUAACCUCCAACCUUCCAAAUGGAGAAAACAAAUUGUUCGCGAAGGUUCUUAACAAAGGUGAUGUUUUUGUUUUUCCACAAGGUCUCAUUCAUUUUCAAUUCAAUGCUGGAAAAAAACCUGUUGUUGCUAUUGCCAUGUUAAGCAGCCAAAACCCUGACAAGGUCACACUAUUGCUAAUGUCGUGUUUGGGGCUAAGCCACCUAUCUCUGUGGAUGUUCUAAGCAAGGCCUUCCAGCUAGAUGAAUAAAUUGUGAAGAAGCUCCAAUCAAAGUUUAGCUCCUAAUUCUUCCACGACUUUGGACUAUUUAUACAAAUUGCUUAAUUAUGUGGUGUUUCGAUUCAUAUGUAGACACUACUGUAUUUAUUAGGAAAUUUUGCAUAAAACCACCUUUUAAAUCUCGGUUUUUGCAAUUAACCACCUUAUAAAAAAAAGUUGCAAAAGACCACCAUUUUUUAAAAUUAUGUUGCAAUUUAACACCUAUUGCCGGAAAGUGACUAUAUGACCAACUACUCCGGCGUUGACCCAUUACUCCGAUGUUGACUUGGUCAUGUGACCUUAAUCACCCUCCAUUUUUCUCUCCUCUCCCACAAGUACAACUACUCACUAGAAGCAAUAAUUGGGGGGGGGGGGGGG